UGAUCCUCGUUGGAAGGGAACAUUUCCAUACUUUCAUCUUCAUAUCUACCCCCGCCGAUCUCUGCUUCCCCUUUCUCCGGCGCCGACUCGAUGGCGGCGACUACCAUUGCACGAUCCGCCGCCACUCAUCUCUCCCUCCCUUUCCCCUCCAAGCUCUCACCAUCCGAUCACUCCCCCGCAGCCACACUAAAGUUCUCCCCCAAACGGCGUCGUUCCGCCGCCGUCGUCCUCGCUUCUCUUCAGCCAGACGGGAACGGCAGGAGCCACCAAUACGUCGGCGGAGCUCUCGAAUUGGAAGACUCGCCGUUCGACGACGCAUCGAAAGACCUGCACACUCUUCCAAGACCUCUGUCGUCGACUUUCGUCUCCAAUCCGGUAUCGGAAGGCCCGCGGCUUCGGGUUGCUUAUCAGGGUGUUCAUGGAGCAUACAGUGAGUCAGCUGCGCAGAAGGCAUACCCAAAUUGCGAAGCGGUGCCUUGCGAACAAUUUGAUACUGCAUUUGAAGCUGUUGAACGGUGGCUUGUGGACAGAGCAGUUUUACCAAUUGAGAAUUCAUUAGGUGGUAGCAUCCACAGGAAUUAUGACCUUUUACUCCGGCAUAGAUUGCAUAUAGUAGGGGAAGUUAAACUUGCAGUUCGGCAUUGCUUGCUAGCUAACCCUGGUUUGGAAAUUCAAGACCUAAAAAGGGUUCUUAGCCAUCCACAGGCUCUUGCUCAGUGUGAGCACACAUUGACCAGGUUUGGAUUAGUCAGAGAAGCAGUGGAUGAUACUGCUGGCGCAGCAAAGCAUGUUUCUUUCCACAAGCUGAAAGAUGCAGGAGCAGUGGCCAGCUCUGCUGCUGCAGAUAUUUACGGUCUGAAGAUACUUGCAGAAGAUAUUCAGGAUGAUUCUGAUAAUGUAACUCGGUUUUUGAUUCUUGCAAGAGAACCUAUCAUUCCUGGCACAGAUAGGCCAUUUAAGACGAGUAUAGUUUUCUCACUAGAAGAAGGUCCUGGAGUUCUUUUUAAGGCACUCGCAGUGUUUGCAUUGCGUCAAAUCAACCUUACAAAGAUUGAGAGCCGUCCCUUGCGGAAGCAGCCCCUGCGAGCAUCUGAUGAUAAUAAUGGUGGAUGUCCAAAACCAAAAUACUUUGACUAUCUUUUCUAUGUGGAUUUUGAAACAUCUAUGGCUGAUCACAAUGCACAGAAUGCCCUCAGACAUCUCAGGGAGUUUGCUACAUUCUUGCGUGUACUAGGGAGUUACCCAAUGGAUGCAAGCAUGCCAUGAUUAACCUACCAAUUGAAUGCAGAUACGGGAUAUAUGAAGGUUUCUUUAAUAUGGGUGAUUUGAUUUAGCUUUUGUCUAUCGUUAUUGUCCCGAAUCAAGGAAAACAGUUAAAAUCACAGUACAAGCUGUUCUACGGCUUGCUGUACCUGUUGGUUUGUCUGUCCUCCAAGUACAGUAGUUGGGUAGUAGUUUGUUAAUAGAAGCUAGUUAACGUUGCAGUUGGAUGCAAAUCGGUUCUUCUGUUAACAUUCUGUGUUCAGUUAUUUAGAACUAGAAGAAUUAUCAAGCGUUUCUUCUGUUCUUGAAAGAUUAGUCAGUCUCUUGUUGUAUAAUAUGUUCCUAUCUAUUUUACCAAUGGUCAUUACUUCUGCCCGUUCUUGAACUCUCCAU